AUGAGAAAAGCAUUAAAAAAAAAUUUUAUCAAAUUUACUGGAAGACUUGGGUUUGGGUCACAAAAAAAUGAUAAUGAAGAUGAAAAUAUUAUAGACGAACAGAUAGUAUCAGAAGAACCAAUUGAAACUAUCAAAGAAAUUGUAUUAUUAGAAAAUAAUGAAUUUAAUCAACGUAUAGAAUCAUUUAAAGCCUAUUUAUCAAGUUGCAUCUAUCAAGAUAACGAAGAUAUAUUAAUUAAUAAUUUACUAAGAGAAAAUAAACAACAUCAACAACAAAAGAAUCAAAAUAAUAGUACUCAAGUUAUAUCAUCGGAUGAAGAGGACGGAGGUGAUGAAUACUUUUAUAAGAAUGCAUUUCCUAAUAGUACUAGCAAUUAUGAAAUAUUAUUUGACCCAGAAAUGUUAGAUUCAUUUGAUAACUAUGACAACUAUCUUAAUAGCACAACAACCCCAAACAAUAAUAGUAAUAAUAAUAAUAAUAAUAAUAAUAAUAAUAAUAAUAAUAAUAAUAAUUAUAAAGAUAGCAAAUACAAUACAAUUAAUAGCAGAGAUGGCGAUGAUGAAAAUUUUUUAAAUUUUAUUAGACAACAACAGAAACAAAGAGCAAAUAUAAAUAUACCCAAUGAUCUAAUUCAUUCAAUAUUUUUAUGUAUUUUAUCAAACUCAAAUAUGUUAAUAGAUCAAACCUCCUUCACCAAAAAAUUAAAAAAUAAACUGCAACAACAACAGUCUAAAAGAUUAAGCUCAACACCAUCAACAAAUGAUUUUAAAAGUCAAAAACAAAAACAACAGCAGCAGCAACAACAGCAACAGCAACAGCAACAACAACAGCAACAUUUUUCAACAGGUUAUAUACUAUAUAAAACUAUACCACUAAUGUGCGGCUUAAAAUGUGGUUAUAUAGCAUGCUCGAAUACCACCACCUCCGAAGAACUUGUUAAACAAUUAUUUUUAAGAUUACCACAAAAAAAGAACAACAAUAACGAUUUAUAUAAAAUACAGCAACAGUAUCAACAACAAACAUUACAAAAACAAAAUAGCUUUGGCCAGCUAAGUCAAACAGCAAUUAUACCAAAAGCAAUUAAUAAUGAAAAUAGUUUAUCAAGUUUAUCUAGGUCAACUUCAAAUGCAUCAUCUGCAUACCAACAACAAACCACACCACCAUUAAAACCAGUAGGGGCUGAUCAAUCAAAUAAAAAUAUAGAAAAAUUAAAAAAUCAAAACAAUAAACCAAUCAAUAGUAACAACAGUAAUAUGAAUAAUAAUAAUACAAGUUUUAAUAGCUUUCAAAACCAAAUCAAUAUUAAUUUAACAAGUAGUAUUAAAGAUUAUGAAAUGGUGGAUAUACUAAUAGUAGAUGAUAUUGAUUACGCACCAUUGUCAACAAGGUACACCCUUUUACAAAUGAUGACCUAUAGAAAAGUUGCUUAUAAGGGCUCAACAUUUAACACCCCAAAGAAUUUUAAUAUAAUUUCAACUAUAAAUAUUAAUAGCAAUAACAACAAUAAUAAUUUUAAUAGUAAUUUUACAAAUUUUAAUAAUCUAAAUUUAAAUGACAAUAAUAAUAGUAAUAGUAAUAGUAAUAAUAAUAAUAAUAAUAAUAAUAAUAGCAAUAAUAACAAUAACAACAAUGAUAAUACUAAUAAUAAGAGCAGUAAUAGUGAACCAAUGUCACCAUUAAUUUUAGAUCACUUUUUAUUAAAUUAUAAAUUAACAGAGAGACUUUAUAUACCAAAAUUAAUAUUACCAAUGGCUUUACAAAAUAAUUAUCAUCUGCAACCAUUAUCUCAACAAUCAGAUCAACCCCAAAAAACAGAUCAACAAUUUAUAUUAACACCAAAUCGUAUCAAAAGUUUAAGAGAACAAUAUUUAUCAAAGACAUAUAUAUCAAAUGAUAUUGAUCAAUAUAUACGGUCAAUUAUUAUAAACUUAAGAAAUCACCCAUUCGUUUCUUUUGGUCCAUCUCCAAGAGCAACUCCAAAUUUCAUAUUGGCUGCAAAAUCAUUGGCUCUUCUCUCUGGAAAAAACUUUGUAACUCCAACCCAUAUUUUAAAGAUUGCUAAUCAAGUUUUAAAUCAUAGAAUAUUUUUGUUUAAUCCAUUUUCUUCAAUUGACAAUGAUAAUAAUCAUAAUGAUAGUGACAACUAUGAUAAUACCAAUAAUGAUAACAAUAACUAUGGAAAUAGACUUAGUAAUAGAGUAUCAAAUAAACACCAAUAUCAUCACAGCGACGAUGAUGAUUUUAGAUCACCAUCACCAUUAAAUAUUAUAUCACCUCCAAAUUUUUAUGAAAAUCCAAAUAAUACAAACUAUAAUACAACACCAACCGUCAAUAUCACAACAUUAAAUGAAAAUACUGGUUUUAAAUCAUUGAAAGAAGCAACCCUAUUACCUCCUCCCCCAAUUGAAGUUACAAGUGUUAACUCAAGUAUGUUAUCACCGCUAUCAAUUAAUGGUAAUGAUGGAACAAAUAGAAAAUCAACCUCAAAAGUUAUUUUUGAAGAUCAAAUUUAUAAUAAUAACAACAAUAGAAUUACAUUUACUGAUAAAACUUGGACAGAGGGUAAAGAAUAA